GCCGAUACAAAGGCUGGGAGAAAUCUCAAGCCUCCUGUGACAUCAAGAUCAAGGUCAAGAUCAAGGGGGCGGUGCUAAGGGCUGCCUGUCAGCGUCCGAGUGUCGCCUGCUGUCUGCUGCUGCUGCCUGCUGGGGUGACACAAGUCGUCCAGGGUUGCUUGUGUAAACAUGGAUGAGCUGCGAGGAGAGUGGGAUGCAGCCACAAGCUUUGCUGCAGGGGCAGUGAGUGAGCGUUGGUGGAGCAUCGUGAGUCAGCAGUACACGGCUGAGGGACGGGUGUACCAUGGCCCUUCAUACCUCAGCCAACUGUUCUCCCUGUACCACCACUACCAGGACAAAUUGGCCAACCCACAGGCAGUGGCUCUGGCCAUAUUCUUCCACAAGCUGGAGUACAAUCCUCGCAGCUGCGACUCUGAUCUGAAGAAUGUAGAGAGAUUUGACAAGUUUAUUGGAGAAGCUGGAGAAGGCCAACAGGAUUCAGCAGUGGCUGGAGCAGUGCGAUCACUGUUGGAGGCUUCAGUGAACAGUUUGACUGAGGCGCACAUGGUGGAGGGAGGAGCAGGAACAGAAGACCUCCACUACUUCCUUGACUUCACCACUGGAGUACUUGGAUCCCCUGCUCAAGAGUACCAACAGUACACAACCAAGAUUCAGGCAGAAUAUGUACACCUUCCCACUGUGGCAUUUAAUCAACUUAGGCUUAAGAUGUUGAAGAACUUGGUACUUAUGCCUAAUAUCUAUGCCACGAGGGAAUUCCAACAAGAAAGGGAGAAAACAGCACGGGAGAACUUGCAAUGGGAAAUUGAGAGCCUGCAGGGGUGAAGUGAAAGGUGAGGGGGUCACAGUGUUCAGGAUUUUUAUAGCAUUGUCCAUUCCAGAGGCCUGGGAAGAAACAUUCCAUAUAUUAAGCAUUAGGAACAGCAACACUGUGCGAGAAUGCAGUUUCAUUUUUAAUAUCAUUUUGCAAAACAGCUUCCCACCAGUCUACUUUACUUUAGACAAUUCAUCAGCCUCAUCUUGUGAAUGUUACCUUCAAUUUUUCUAGCAUACCAAUGAAGUGUUGUGGUAGAAUUGAACAUUUUUAGUGUCACAAUGUUGAACCAUUAAGUAGCUUCUUUGGUCUGUGUAUUGCUUGUGUGAGCAAUUAUUAACCAUUUAUAGUCAUGCAGAAUUCUUCAACUAUUUUUAAGGGUUUAAUUCAUACCCAAACUGAAUUUCUUUAUGGCAAUUUCAUUUGAUAUUUAAGUGAAUGAGGGACAAAUAAAUAACUGUACAAUAUUUUCAUAUUAAUUUUCCAUUUUGGCCAAACAUGGCUGUUGAAACACUCACUCACUAGCUCCAUCAAAAUCAAGCCCAAACCUACUUAAUGCAUGAUCAUUUUGUGCCACAGUCAACUUUGAAAUAGUAGGAGUAAAUAAAUAUGGUGGCAUAUAAUGUUGGCAUAAAUAUUUUGUGGCUGGAUAUAUGAAUGGACAAAAUGCCACGAUGGAAACAUUUGGUACAAGACAGUGUAUAGAAUAACAUCCUUGUAGCACUCUUUAGACAUUUGUGACUUUAAAAUGGUAACAUAAAUAAAUGAUGAAGCCUGCUACUUGCUGCAUCAGUACAGAAGUGUUCAUGUUAAAUGAGGAGUUUCCCAUGGGGGUUAGUCAUUGGUACAGUAAACCCUCUAUAAAUCAGACCUCUAUAUUUAGAAUGUAUAAAUCUGACUCCUUCAGGGCUCUGGACACAUCUGUGUAUCAGAUAAAAAUCUGGAAUAUACGGUGCGUGUCCGGACAGUGUCAGGAUGGGUGUUGUAAGUCAAAGAUCUGGUUUGUAGCCAGGAAUUCAGUGAGUCCAGACCACGUCAUUUCAAAACAAAGGCUGCCUGUCUCACAUCCCUCCUGAAUCCUCAUUGGCAUAUCGCAAGAGGAAUGCAGCUGCUCAUUGGUUUAUUUAUUUUAUUAUAUAUACACACAGGAAAUAGUUAAAUUAAUAUUCAAAAUUCAGCAGUUUAGAUUUGUGGGCAUUUGCAGAUAUGUGUGCACCUGAUACAACUUGUAACAUAUUCACUAACUUACCCACCAGUAUGGAGGGACAGGUAUACCCCAGAGCUGUAUGAAUUUAAAUUUAUAUGCAGCUGCUCUAUUAUAGGUCCCCUGUGGUGUCUUAAUCCUUUAUGCAAGAAUUAAUCAGAAUCACUGGGCAACUCUGGAACAGCCUUGCUUCAGAUAUUUCUGAUAGGGUCUCCCCUGAAUUAGUCUGAUUUAUGGAGGGUUUAUUGUAUCCUGCCUGAGGUUUUGUGCCUCAUCCCGACAUUUUGAAUGUUCAUGUAUGUCGAGGCUUUCUUUUUCUGAGCUGUUCAACUGUGAUGUCUUGGCACAUGUAUCUGGGCCCAAAGGGGCAAAUGGGGACAAAACAAAUGAAAAUUAUUUCCACAUCCUGAUUCUCCUGUACAGUUGUUUAUUUGUUAUCUUUGAUAAAGCAGUGGUAACUUUUACACACCACAAAAGAACUACUAAUUUCUGGGCCUAAAAAAUAGAGAGUAGACAUUUACUGUUACAUGACUAUAAAUGGUAAUUUAUAUCCUCCAACUGAAGUGUAAAUGAUGAUAGGAACAAUUUCACAUAUUCAAACUGCUCUUAAUUGUUUAUCUUUAUUUUUUUUAUAAAAAAAGCUAUUGAUAGAGGUGUCAACCUUUUGGGAUCGAAAGAAUCUUUUAAAGUUUAGUUUCUGCUGUGACUGAGUGGAUAGCUAGACAGCACCCUGCCAGGAGGAUGCGGGUUCGCGUCCCGCCCGGUGGCACAAGCUGGGUUUUUUCAGUCACCGCCGAGUGGCCUAAGACUAUCCACUUAUUGUCCAGAAGACCACCCAUCAACCUGGACUUCAGAUUCUCUAAAAGAGAGGUUCAGUGAUGAGCUCCAGGGGGUGGCAACAUAAGUAGGAUGGCACCACUAUAAACACUUGCCUGCACCACAACAGGCUGGGGCUGACCAUCAAGGCCCACCAAGAAAGUCAUGGUGGAAACGUAAAAAAAAAAAAAAAAAUAAAUAAAUAAAUAAAUAAAUGAAAAAUAUAUAACAUGUAACAUUAAAAUACCAAGUGAAAGUUGGAAUUUUGAAGGUGUAUAUGCCUACAGGCUAAUAGUGUCUUCAUGAUUUUUUUAAUAUCUAAUGCUUUGCAAGUGGCCUGGGUUUUCAGAGACUUAAGGCGCUGUUACACUAGCACAUCUUCCGUCGAUGUCUACGAUUUCCAUCGUCAUUUGCAUGUUCCGUCUUCCUUUUCCGAUGUCUCGAGUCAGAUAGUUAUGACCGUCUUCAAAUGGAAAGUUGUCAACAACUUUUUUUAAUCAAAUCAGAAUCCAUAGUGGAUGAUGAGGAAAUAUUCAAAGAAAGCCACUGUUUUUCAUGAAAAGCAAGAAUUCAACUAUUAAUACAGUAUCGGUAAAAAUAUUCAAUAAAGCAAUUACACAUGUAGUUACAUUUUAUAAUAUAGUGUCAUAACAGCCUACAGUGUCUCGUGUGACUAGACCUUGUUUACAUGUGAUACACUCCAUGUGUUUCUCUCGCUCUGAAGAACUUGCAAUAAUUCAUGGCUCACCCUCAGUGGACAAGACUCUCAGAAGAAUAGCUUAUUGAGAGCAUUAAAAAAACAUAGGUGCCUCGUGGUCCUCCAAUCUCAGCUCUCUCAAGAGUUGAUAGUAAACACUUUCUUGUUCGCGACAUGCCUUCCACUCACACAUCCACUCUCGUCUUCUGGCUUGUUUGGCUCGUCUCAGCUUCAUUAAACACCUGAUCACAUUGAUAGCAGUGAUAGCUUGUCUGUGUGUCGGGGCCAUGGUGUUUUGUUUACGUGUGACGGAAGCAGUGCAGAUGUAAGUUGAUGAAAAAUAUUGACGGAAAAUGUGCUAGUGUAACAGUGCCUUAAAAAGUUGUCAAUUUUCUGGAAGUUGAUGAAAAAUAUUGAUGGAAAAUGUGCUGGUGUAACAGCGCCUUUAGGAAUUUGAAAACUCUACAAAAAGACAAACCACAUCCUAAGGCACACCAGAAGGGGGGGUGAGGUUGCUUUCCAUGUCUGCCCCCUAGACUCUUCUAGAUGCAUUAACUUUUUUAACGGCUGCAACUGCCUUACUAUUCUCUGCAGUGAAAGCUUCCCUUUGUGGUGUAGUCACCAGGUGUUGUGGUUUGUCUUUCUGCUGAUGUUUGGAGGAUUUUUUUUUCUUUUCUUUUAAGUUUGCAGUUUUUAAAAUGAGGUCAUGGAAGAUAAGUGGCCAUUUAUUAAAUAGCAAAAUCUCAAAAUAAAAUGCACUGGAUCUUUCCUCAAACAUGUUGGUAAAAUCUAAGAGCAUUUUUUUUUUUCAGUUCAGACUGAUUUCCAUUGUCCAAGGGAAGGUGUCUUUAAUGAGUCAAGUAAUGAGAACAUUAGGAAAAGACUCUAUGUGAAGAAGCUACAAGCUUUGAUGUAGUAGUCACUUGUUUAUUGAUUGUCUGUGUUAGAGUUUUAAGAUAUUCUAUUGCAUACCCUGUUUGCAACAUUUUUAAUUGUUGUUUUUUUACAUUACUGAGGUAUUUCACGAUGCUAAAGUGUGACGACAGUCUUUGUUUUUUGCAUCUUAAUGAAGAGCAUUUUAUUUUUGUUUAAAGGUCCUUAUUCUGAUCAGAAGCUACAGAUACAGUCCAUUUUGAAAGGCCUGAACUUCUACCAGGUAAUAAGGUUUUAUUUUUCAUAUUUAUCAAUGUUUAUUGAGGUCUUCAAAGUAUUGGUGAUAUAUGAGACUGCUACAUAACAUAACAUUCAGUAUCUUGUACAUUUCCUAAAGACAAGAGGCAGUGGUGUCAUCACUGUCCUCCCCUCAGUGAAGUGAGCAGACCUGUUACAUUCUCUUUUCCCUGAUUAGGUAAGGGCAGUUCUAUAUAAGAAAGACUGAGGCAUUACAUACUGAAUCUCAUAACUUGCUUUCAUGUUCUGACUUGGUGUAAGUGCGUUUGAAGAAAUUUCUGCAUUAUACUGCAGACAGGAACUGGCAAAGGUAUAUACAGUACCCUCCCGAGUUUCGCACUUGCUUCGUUCCAAAGGUAUAGUGCUAAACUCAACUCGAGGAUCGUGAAACUCGGGGUAUUGAAAACACUGAAAAAGCUGUUAUUUGUUCCGACCCAUGGAGAAGCUGACAUUUUUUUCCACUUUACUCCCUUGUUAUCUCAAAAUACGUACCUUGGAAAAAGGAAGAAAAUGGAAAGAGAGAAUGGGUCGUUUUGAAGCCGCAGUUGAAGGCGGCUGCCUUAUCAUUGGCUGGCAGUUCUUAAAACACGCUUGUGAUUCACCGUGAGUCCGAUGUUGCCAUCGACAGCGCUCAUCCAAUCAGUGGUCUCCCUGCCUUAAGGCAGUGUCACACUGGCCAUUUUCCUCCAACUGUUAGGGCUACAGGCAACCGCGGUUGCCCAUACGCCCAACCGGGAGCGAGUUGUUAGAGCUUAUUUGGUGAGUGGUUCAUACAAACCAAACAUGGCGUCGUCUGCUAAAGUAAGGGCUGUCAUGGCUUGUGCUGCUGUUACCCAAGUUAUGGACUUUUUGCUGGAAGGAAGAAGCGGUUGUGGGUGUGGUGUGCCUGUGGUUUUUCCAUGUCAGAAGUUCUCAUUGUCACCACUGCACGUGUGUGGCCAACCCACCCAUCUAUACUCCACCCACGUAAAGACGUGGAUUGAGUAACAACAAACACACACACCAGACUCAUCAGGAAUCAUGGCAGAUGUUUCUGACAAACAUAAAUGGCUUCGCCCUUUCCUAGAGUGUGUUAGAACUUAUUUGGUGAGUGGUUCAUACAAACCAAACAUACACAAUGGCAAGAAGAGAGCAGUGUUAAAGAUGACUGCUCCUUGCCAAGAGUUAGGUUUGGUUCGUGUGAGUCACUCACCAAAAACGUUCUAACACACUCAAGGAAAUGGUGAAAUCGUUUCUGUUUGUCAAACAUCUGCCAUGGUUCCUGAUGAAUCUGGCGUGUGCGUGUGUGUUGUUACUCGAUCCACGUGUUUAUGUUGGCAGAGUCUUGAUGGAUGGAUUGGCUGCGCACGUGCAGUGGUGACAAUGAGAACUUCUGGCAUGCAGGAACCACAGGCACGCCACAUGGGCACGAUUAUGACUUCAAGGACUUGAGGACAGGAGUGUUUACCCAAACCUCAUCAGAGAACUGUGUUGUGAAGACCGUGUUGUGUUCCUGAGCCAAUAAGUAGCAUUCAUGCAGUGAUCCAUGGGUAAAUUUAUGGGAAAUAGCAUCUUGCUAUUUUCAAAAAACGAAACUGUCUCGAUGCACAUACUCAGGUCCGUAAUUUUGACAGAUUUUUUAGGGGGGGGGCUAUAGGGCAUCAUAGGUUCAUGAGGUUGAGGGAGCUGGCAAGCGAAGUGAGCAUAGCCAUGCUGUUGGGGGAUGUGUGAGAAGAGCUCUGUUUAUCAACAACUCUUUGUUUGUUUACAUUCACUUCUGAGCAUGCGUAGUUUGCAGGAGGACAGCCAGGAACACAAUGCUAGGAGUCCUCCUACAAUUUUCAUAGACUGGAGAGAGAGAGAGAGAAAAAAAAGUGAACUGUGGUUCUACUGCAUGGUGUGUUCUAUCUUGUCAAUUAAAUAUAGUAAACAAAGCGGCUCUGCCAGUCCACUUUACGAGUCUCUUGGUGGGCCAUCUUCCAAUGCUCCUCAAUCCUCAGCCACUGCCGUUGUCUGUUUGUUUACAUUCACCAGUGUGGUUGUUCAUACUCACAACCAUUUUCCAUCUGUACGGACAACUGACAACUCACUCCCGGUUGGGCAUAUGGGCAACCACGGUUGCCCGUCGCAUUUGUCCGUAGCCUCAACAGUUGAAGCAAAAUGGCCAGUGUGACACUGCCUUUUAAGGCAGUGCACGUGACGCUGACGGUAGGUGGACGUGACCCGUACAUGUCAAAGCAGCGUGAAACUCAGGGCGAUAAUGUGCUAAAGGCGGGAUGGUAGGAAUUUAGGACUUAGCACGAAACUCGAGGAUCACGAAACUCGGGAGGGUACUGUAAUUGAAAUUUUUAUAUAUGUAUAUAUAUCAGAUAAUGAAAUGCUCAUAUGAGUGUGAAUUGUUAAUAUUUUGUUUAGUUUAUGGUAUAGGAGCUGAUGAGAGGUUGAAAAAUACUUUUGGUGCAUAAUAAUUUUGUAACUAGAUUUUAAGCAUGCCUGAAUCAUUAGGAUGAGAAUUGCAUAUGUGAGAUGCAAAGCCUCAAGAUGUUCAGUUUUUUUUUUACAGUAAACAAGGCAGUUCAAGGGCAAAACAAACACAAAAAAGCUAGAAAAGCACUGCUCUCACAAACAGAGGGCAUGAAGGUCUAAAAAAUGUUCUGAUUGGGUUGGAGAGAUAUUUUGAUCCCUCUUUUUAAGCAUUCAAGUAGUAUUAACGAGGAAAUGCAGAUGAAAAGAAGGCUGUUCUCGAGCUUGCUAGUGAAAGGGAUGAAGGAAUGAAGAUACUGGUCAGGGAUGGAGUGAAGAAGAGUUGUGUAUUCGAAUAUGAAUACUUCAAAUUCCAACGAAUACAAAUUUGAAUACAGUAAACCCCCCUCCAUCGCAGGGGUUACAUUCCAGACCCACCCUCGAUAAGUGAAAAUCCACGAAAUAGAAAUACUCUUUAAAUACACCCUAGGAAUGUUUCUAUAACUUUUACGGUACUUUUAAAAGCAUUUUAAAGUCUUUAAACACACUGUUAAAACAAUAGAAACACAUUUAAACACUGAUAUUCUUCUCAUCCUUCUUGAUGUAGCGAACCAUUGACUCAUUCAUACCGUAAUGGCGGGCUACGGCAGCAUAACUCUGUCCUUCCUUUAUCAUAUCGAGAAGUUUCACCUCUCUUGAAUCAUCAGAAAUUUCCUCUUCUUCUUUGGCUCACCAGAAGCCUUAGAUGAUGGCCGUUUGGAUGGCAUCCUUGUUAUGAAGAAAACCGUACACUGUAGGGAGACACGCAGAACUGAGACAGAACAAGGCGAACAGCUUCUCUCCCUGCGAGAUGUGAAUCAGCGAGAUGCUUCUAGAACACAACAGCCAAUCAGUGGCCAAGAAAACAAAACCAACACUGAUUGGCUGAAUCGGUACGUACGGCCAUUCUAUCAUGACGCGCGAGAUUUAAACUCAUAAACAAUGCUGCAAAAUGGCGAAAAUAUACGCGGUAUCAAAAUUAAUAAGUUUUACAGAAAAAAAACGCGAAAUACUGGGACCGCAAAAACUGAACCGCGAUAUCGUGGGGAUUUACUAUACACUGAAAUGGUUUUAAUUUGAAUACAAAUAUGAAUACUUUUUAAAAAUAUUCAUGAAUUCAUUAAUGAAUACUUUUCAUUGAAAAAUACCUUGACGUAACUGGGUAUAACACUCUUCUGAAGUUAUGCAACUGAUAAAUGAGCUCAUGAACCUGUACCAUACACAACAAUUACACGUCCACCCUGGAGGCUGGAGUUGUUAGGAAAUGCGGCUGUUAUUUCUGAUUAUAAAUCUUGAAGUAUUCGUCAUACUUUUAUUUCUAUCAAUAAUUAUUCGAAUACGAAUAUGAAUACACUCAAAUACUCUAUCCCAGAUAUUAAAUAACUAUCAUUAGGAAUUUGGAGAGUACAGUGGUGAGCUUGAGUAGAAAGUUUUGUACAAGAUUGCAGGACUAAGAGAAAGAGUUAUGCUGUUAGCAAGUUCAAACGAUCAGUUAGCAUGAAAAUAUUGAUGAGGCUGAAAGGAAAGCAAGUCUGCAUUGAACAUACAAGAGGUGGAAGAUAAUCAGUAAAAGGAUGGGAACUCAUGAGACAAAGAGCCUUUGACUACUCUGUUUAAAAGAUCUGUUUGGGUGGAAAACCACUGUACAUAUGGGAUGCAUACUCCACACAGAAGUGGGAGGCACUGAUGCCCUAUUCAGAAAUAAAAGCAAGGUCAAAGGUUAAGCAUUCUGUAGCAUCUAGCCUUUAGUUGUAUAAUUCCUGCCGAAAUAAUCUUUUGUUGAAAAAUGUAAUGUAAUGCAGAGUAAACAUAGGCAUAAAAUUGGAUAGAGCAGUUAAUUUUGGAGAUCAUUAAGGAAUAUUAGAAAAAUAAUGAUAGAGCAGAGCCCUGUGGAACACCACUCUUUAGGAGUGAAACAUUGACAGUCUAUUUAGAAAGGAAAUGCUGGUAUUAAUAUACACAAAGGAGAAACAGACUGGGGACAGCACCCCCUCUCUCCCUGCAUAUACCUCACCGGGAGUGGCCUGUGUUCAUUGUGGCAGGUGUCUGGCUGUAUACUUUCAGCACCAGAUACUGGUAACUGGGUGCUUGGAUGUUGUAGGAUUAGUUUUAUGUUGCUGUGAUAUUGUGAAAGUUUCCUUAUGCACAUACUGUAGGAUUUGCUAGUUACAGUACUGCUUGUUUUCAUAUAAAAUGUUAGAAUGUUUAUCAAGAAUUUCCAAUGUCUUUCAUAGUGAAAGACUUCACAGUGCCUGGUCCCUUUCAUCAUAUUGUUGGUGAUGUGAAUUCAUGUGUGGCUAGGGAUAUGUAUGCAAGAUCAAAGUGAAGUUGUCAUCAGUAUGUAAGAUCCUCAGCUAGCACAUCUGUCCCAAAUUUAUUUUCAACUUUUUCAAUUUUAGCUUUACAAGGGAUUUUAAUUAAGAGGCACAUAAAAGUAGUUAAAAAUUAACAGGCACAUCAAAGUAAUGAAGUAGUCCUUACCUUAAGUGUUCUUUUUUUUAGCUUAAGUUACAGUAUGCCCUGUCUGUUACAGCUUUUUCAAAUCAGUUUAGUAAAAUUUGGAAAGUUCCAAACAUAGUUAUUCCAGCACCUAGUAUGCUGCUCAGACUUCUGACAAAAAAAUUGUUUUAGCUAUAUCAGUGUUGUAUCAACUUGCAAGGAUAUUUAACAUCAUGAUUUUAGAUUUGAAAGCAGAUUGUCACAGAUUUAAGUCAGAUGCAUUUUUGUUAAGAAGACACCAUAUUUUUUGUGAAGUGCAUGUAAGCCACACCAGCACACAGGAUGCACCAUUAAUUUACCAUAUGUUGGGAGAAUAAAACCAAGGGAACUUUCCUAAAACCUACCCAGACUCAGCUGGGGAAGCUACACUCACGCCAUACCUUGUCUGUUACUCACUAACCAUUUUUCAUGUCCUGUGAGCUGGGCUGCAACAACCUGUGGUACUAAGCUACUACUUGAGUAGGGUUAGUAUACUUUUUUUUGGUAAGGUUAGGUUAUUAUCUAAUUUGUUACAUUAUUUUCAGAGCUGGGCACUGCAAAUGAAAAUACGCCUUCCACAAAUUGCAAAUCUACCUCAAUCACAGAUCUGCAAUUUUUUUAAUAUUUGCCAUACUGCAAAACUCAAACUGCAAAUGCAAAUUUCUAUUAUUUUGGAUAUUUCUAAUACUAAUGCGAACGUGAAUCAGUAAAUAACGUAGAAAGACACAAACUGAACACGUGAUAUUUUUUUAUAAUAAAUUAAGACAUAAUUAACAAAACAUUUUCUCAUUCAAGAAGAGCUGACUAUAUAGUGAUUCCAUACCUGGUGUGUCUGGCACUGUCUUCUUUAUAUUGAUUCUACCAUCCAUUCUUCCAAAUCUGAGGAAGCUACCUCAAAAUUGGUUUCCAAUUUGGGAAUGGAUUCCCAGGAUGCAAUUCCACAGGCCACUGACUGCCACUGCACUGAGAGCAAAAGCAGCAAAACAAGACAGCAACAGGGUGGGGGUGGAAGGGGAGGUGCUUGAGCACUGUGUAAACAAACAGCUGUUCUACCCACAGUGGGAUUUGAAAUGUCAUCUCAUUACUUAACCAAGAAUUGCUAAUAUUACUGGCCUGGUCAUAAGUAAGAGAGGUUGUUAGUUGCAUACAUUGUAACUCGAGGACUACCUGUGCUUGAUAAAUGUAAGACAUUAUUUAUGUACUUCAGGAAUCUAUUCCAUUGGCACUGACAAUUGGAACUGUUAUUCCAAUAUUAUUGAUUCUUGCCCAGCCCCACCCCUACCACACAUGGCGCCAUGUGAGUUUGUGGAGAUUUCACAUUUGCAGAAGUGGUUCUGGAGGUGCAAAUCUGCAACAAUACAUAGGAUUUGUUGCAAAUGCAAACUGCAACAAGCUAAAACAGUGCUUCUGCAAAUGCUGAACUUGCAGUUUGUAGAUUAAUUUGCAGAAGUGCCCAGCUCUGUAUAUUUGGGAAGGGUUGGUUAGUUUCAGAAAAUUAGUAAAUCUUAAAACUACAAAUUUUCAAAGAAAGUGAAGGGCAGAUUUGUUCAAGAAAGAAUGUUGAAAAUACUUUGAUAUGUUUUCACAAUUUUAACAAAGUUUUUUUCUAAUGCUUACAUGUAGAACACUCCUGUCAUCACUCAGCCAAUUUAUAGCUUUAGUCUGCCACUGAUUCAUAAAGUAAUUAUUAGUAUGGUCUGAUACAGGCUAGGUGGGCACUGUUGCCAUUUUGACAUGAUCACAAACACAAAGUUCAUGAAAAAAACAUUGCUUUAUCAAAUGUAAACAAACAUCUUACUGGCCAGCUGGGCCAUGCAGCAUUAUAUACCUUGCAUAAAAUUUUAAAUUGUGGUGUUGCAUCAAGUUUCACAACAUUUACCUUCAUAUGUAUUGCUACAACCCAAAAAACUAAAAUUUAUUGUUUGGAGCAAAAUGUUAGAUUUCUGCAGAAAGAAAGGAGACCACCUAGCCCAACAAAAGCUAAAUCAUCACCUUGCCUGGCUUGCCACCAUCUUGUAUAAAAUUAAAAUCCUUGCUAUGGUGCAAGUUGCAUUCAUUCAUUAGUAUAACUUCACUUGCUCACUUCCACAUAGUGGUCAUGUUAGUCUAUACUCUAUAGCCUUUCUGGCUCUACUUGAAGGUUCUGAGUGCAAAGAUUUCCAUGAAAAUUUCUAAAGGAGAAAAGGUGAGCCAAUCAACACCCAGGAUGCACAAGCUCCCCUCCUUUUCCCUUUAUUGCACAACUCUGUUCUGGGAAGUGCAAUGGUAUUGUUUUUAUUUAUUAAUACCAUCUCAACUGUCAACACAAAUUUUGUGACAAGAAACAUGUAAAAUACUAUCGCAUCAGUAUUUUGGGUUCCACUGAAACUGUUACUAGCCUUCCAGUCUUGGCACUGUUCAUUAAUGCUUCAACUAAGUAGUUGUUUGUUCUCUCAAUGGAAAACUUGCUGAAUUUUAAAGAAGUUUCACAAUUUUGAAAACCACAAGGAGAGUGAAGCUGAGAACUAAUGUUAAGUCAUAUCAUCAGUUGAAGUCUUUGCAUGGUAUUUGGUUAUCCGUCAGCCUUCAGUCUUGGCACAAUUCCUAUAUGGAGUAACAAAAUUAUUGUUUAUUCCAAAUGGAGGACUGUUAAGUUUAAAGUUGUUGGUCAGCCUUCAGUCUUGGCAUGUUACAUUCCUUUAUGCAGUAACAGAAUGGUUCUUCAUUUUAAAUGGAGGACUCAGAAUUUUGAAGGAGGUGAACUCCACCUUAUCAUAAAGAGUCCAGUAAGGCUUCCAUUGAGAAUGAACAACUUUCGGUACAGCAUAAUAAAGCAGUAGAUAAGAUAUUAAGGGGUGACACUUUUAAUUUAAAAGUUUUAACAGAACCCAAAACUUUGUUAAGUCAGUGUUUUGCACUGCUAACUUGCCACAAAAUCUAGCACGGAUGUGAUGAGUAGAGUUGUACAAUGGGAGCUAAACUUUCUGUGCACUGACUGGCUCACUUCCUUUAUGUAAACUUAAAAAGAAUGCAACAGUAACCUCCAAAUAAAGUCAGGAAGUCUACAGGCAUGACAAUCUUGUGGGAAUUCAGAAGCAUAUUUAUAUCUAGUCAGUGAACUGAAGACUAAAAUUACUGAACAAACAGACCAGUGAGCAAAGACCUGGGUCAUACGAGCAAGUUUUAGGAGGAGCCAUGAACCAAUUACCCUUCCUUCCAAUAGCUAAAUGUCCCAGCUUUCAUGGGUUUAGGUUUUACAUUUUUUUUGUGUGAAAUCAAUUAAGGGUGCAUCGCUGUACCUCAAACUGCCUAAAACUAGUCAAUUUAGUAUUUUGUGUCAAAGUUUUAAAUAUAGUCUUGCAGUUAUUAGUGCAGCAGCUGCAAUUCAUAGUCAAUAGGUUCCUGUCAAAUUCAAGAAUGAUCUAGUCAAUGUUACUUUGUAUGAGUAUUUAGAUAAUUUUUUUCACCUUUUUAUAUUACUUUGUAACAUAAUUCUUGAUGCUUUCCCCUUUGAAAAUAUGAAUACUAUACAUGUAAAAAUAAAUUUUUAAAACACA